CGCAGAAUGAUGUCCAUACUGCAGAUGUUGCACCAUGCCAGCCAUGUAAAAAACAGCACCAUUGACAUAUCCCCAACCUCCAAGGUUUGUCUAGAAUACAACCCCCCGCCGCGUAGUUUGUUUCAAAGAAUUCCCCUAUUUGAUUUGUCCCCGACCGUCAAGCACGAUUUUUUUUAUUUUCUCCCACCUGUCGAAGACUGACUCUUUACCCUUAUUUUCGUCUAGGUGUAGUAAACUUACAUUUUGCAAGAGUUUUGCCACAGAAUCUACGUGUGCCACCAUGUUCUCCCGGCUCUCUCUUGUCGAUGGUUGAAGAUUCCUCGCGGCUGGAGCAUCCGUUUUUCCACGAGCUGAAGAAACUCCUAGCAAAUUCUGGUACCGGGCAGAAGCAACUGCGAAGCGGUCAUGAGUAGAAGUGGAUGUAGACCGGAGACGAGGGCGUCCAACAUCAACAUGCUCGUGGCUCGUCGUAGUUUUUUUGCCAGGAAGGUCCUGUCCUUUGAUCAUGUUCCAGUGAGUUCUACUAACCUCCUGUACCUGUUCCAGUUGGUCACGUCGUCCAUGCUGGUGGGCCUGCUGGGCGAUGUUUUUCUGGGAGACAUCGUACAGCCGCUGCGAAAUAAAUUGGAGGGAAAUCUCUUUGUGCUUUCGGACGACGAUGAUGUCAAGGACUGGAAGGGUAGUGGACCUUCAAAAACCAGGACUUCGUUAGCUCUGCUUCAACCGACGCACCAAAAAAGUGGCGCCGACGAAGUAGACCUCGGUGGAAGGGAUUGUUCUAUAGCGUCCGGCGACAGGAGUUCGAAGAACUGUCGUGGGUCUUUGUUUCGCUCCUCUUUCUUAUCGAAAAACCGCAGCAGAAAAGCCGAGAAGAAGCACAAGAGAAAAAAUCACGCGGGGAAGAUUAUCCUGCCACCCGUUCAUCAUCAACUUGAAGAUUCUUCUGGAGGUACUAGUAGAGGACGUAGUAGGUUUUUCCUGUUUGCCCAGGCCGUGAACCUGCACCCCCAGAUAAAACAGCAGCAUUCCUCCCGGAGAACAACGAGCAAGGGGUCUCUGCUGGAAAAGAAACGGGCCAGGAAUCUUAACACAAGGAGAGCACCACGACGAGCAGCGACUGAGACGCUGAGUUCAUCGCGGGUCUCCUUCAAUGAACCCGAAAAUGAAGACGAAGUUGCAAAAUUUGAUGCAACUUCUAAUCCGGAGCGGGAGCAGCUUCUGCUCCUUCACCCACCGCGCCGAGCAACCAGUGGCGCUUUGUCCGGCGAGGACGAGGAGGACUUGGUAGAAAGCAUCGGUGACGGUGCGACAAAUCUUGAACUACAGAAGAAAGAAGGAUCGACGCAAACCAGUAGCGGAGAUCCUUCUACGAGUAAGACGAGGAGGGGAGAAAGGACUAGUUCUUCAUCUUCCAGCACCAAAGCCGUUUCUGAUCCGGCCAGCACGACGGCGAAAGCUAUGUUGCAAAAAGAAGAGCAGCAGAGAAUAAGUUCAAGAAAAAUGAAAUCCGAAACCACGAGCAAGAAGACAUCAACUACUGAGAUGAAGGUUGAUCAUUACGACCGGGCAGCACAAAAGAACCAAAACCUUAAAAAGGCUCAGGUUCUCAAUUUGCAACAAGAAAAUCUCGUUGCGCGCGAAGGAACAGGAAGUCGUCAAGAUAUUAAUCAACCUGACGAUGCAGAUUCCGAUGCUGAAGCUGACGGUAACGUCGACGAGCCUGCUUCCACGGUCAACCCUUAUCCUGUCGAAAAGCGUCCCACUCCCCUACUCGCGAAACAGAUCAUGCGUGUGCAACGUUCUUGUGUGCUUUGUGGCAGCAUUCUUGCUUUUUUGUGGUUGUGGUCCGUCGUCGAGGUCCACUGCAAGAGAUCAAGGAAGAGCCUCCUGCAUGAUGCAUGUUCUUAGCAACAAGAAUUUGUGAUGGUGCGCCCCUCAACAUCAUGAUGAGAACUCGGAUCUAUCAUGGAUCAUCAUUUGACGGCACUUUUAGCCACCGACUUUACAUAACAUAGUUUGUUGCACCCGCGCAGCCGAAAAUUAUUAGGAUGUCGGUGUGCCAGAACCCGCACCAUGAAUGAUUAUUUUAAUUUUUCGAUUUGCAGCUACUUCUGUAUAGCAAACGAUUUCAAAUGGUAAAGCUAGAGUUGGGUAGUUGAGGACUUUUUCGCACAGGAUAACCCGCUCGCGCAGUUCAUCGCGGAAGAUACAACGGCAGACGAAGCGAUGAAAGCGGCAGACGAGAAAAUCGCAGAAAUCAAACAAGCAGCGGCUGAGGCCACCGCCGCACCCGGGACUGACGAUGACUAUCCAAAUGAAGUAAAUGGCCAUGAAUCUCUAUGUUGAGUCCUCUCCUACACGAAAACGAAAUAUAUGCAAGACAUAAUUCCGCUGAUGAGUUUUAUAUCUGAUACAGCUUGCACUUGUAGAAUAAAUAUGAAAUGAUCGAGUGGAUAUCCAACUUAAUCCCAGCUUGUACGGUACUCCGCGAAUCGUGUGGUGUAGCGGGGACCCUUUAGGAGUUCUGCGUUCGAGCUUGACAAGCAUUGCAAUUGCAAAGAAAAAAAUCAUGACUCACGAAACUACAUUUUUUUUUUGGUUCGUGGGAAGGGUUCAACAUCAACACAGAAAUGGUCAUUUUUUGCUUGGAUACAUGACCGGCCGGAAUUUUUUCAGAUCCGAAAGUACUGACAAUCGUGGCGGGCGGCGGCAUCGCGGUUGUGGUUUUGCUGAUUGUCCUUCUCUUUUCCUGCAUGGGUAGGGGAAGCAAUGCUCCACAGGUUGGCGUAGCAAGCGCGGCAGCCGGGAGUGGAGUUAUCCAGAGUCCCGGGAGCACAGGCAGCAAUGGCGACGCCCUUGCCCUCUCGGUACAAGCACACCAGUAUCCCGCGAAGCCCAAAGCAAAGGCGAAGGCACAUAGUAGCAAACCGAAGUCAAAAACCACAAAGGUGGCAGCAAAACCGAAGAGCGCUAGCCACGCGAAGCCAAAAAGUGCCGGUACUGCUAGUGCCGACCACGCAAAACCAAAAAGCGGCGACGCCGAGGCUGCAGAAAAACCCAAAACCUUCGCAGAAAAGGCCGCGGCGAAGAAGGCACAUCCGAAGUCGAAGUGAGAAGCUUUGACCGCCGAGGGAACAAAGAAGUGCCACCGAUUCCACAUAGAUGGAUCACUUGUAUUUCAAUCACAAAAUGAUAGAGCACGAAGGGCUCUACUACGACCACAUCCACAAAAGACCUGGACAAAAUUACUUUCUACUUUUUUUCAGCGUGUGAGCAUGAGGCUUAGUGUGGUCUCUAGCUCGACGUUGUUUCGUGCCUCAGUAUACCCUAGAGCUAGAUCAUGCUCGAAGGGCGCUUUCUUUUGUUCUUUCUUCGCUCCUGUGGCGAAAUUACCUGUCUCUAGCUUUUAAAUUUACAUUUCCAGCCAGGAACUACCCAGGCACAAAAAAAAGUCGUCCUUCUGUUCGACUUUUGACGCAUGUAUGAUUAUCACUUUUGGCAUGAACAUGCACACAGCUCCAGUUUUUUUUCCAUGAUCAUCGCCAACAUUCACAAUAUGUCGAACCUCCGCCCACAAUGAAUUUAUCUCGGAGCAGCUACACCAUAUGUGGCAAAAGAAAAAGAUACAGAGAUAAGCUCAGAACAGCAGUAGGAAAAAGUAUCCCAGUUGUAAAAUAGUAGUUCGAAACAAGC